UGUUUCGUGUCCGGUGCAGCAAGGGGUCGCAACGUCUGCCGGCUUUCCUUUCCGCGGUCUCGCUUGGCUGAGCUCUUUCUGGAUCUCACUGCAAUGGCGGAGCAGCAGCAGUUCUACAGCUUGCUGGGCAACCUGAUGAGCCCUGACAACGACAUCAGGAAACAGUCCGAGGAAGCUUAUGACACCAUCCCCGGUCAGACAAAGAUCACAUUUUUGCUGCAGGCCAUCAGAGAUGCAGACUGUGCAGAAGAGGUCAAGACGAUGGCGGCGGUGCUGCUGCGCCGGCUGCUGUCGUCCUCCUUCGAGGAGAUCUACCCCGGCCUGACGGUGGACAUGCAGACGGCCAUCAAGACAGAGCUGGUCACAAGCAUCCAGACAGAGGCCUCGCCCAACAUCCGCAAGAAGGUCGCCGACAUCGCUGCAGAGCUCUGCCGCAACCUCCUAGAUGAUGAUGGAAACAACCAGUGGCCAGAACUGCUCAAGUUCCUGUUUGACUCGGUCAACUCUGACAACGUUGGCCUGAGAGAGGCUGCCCUGCAUAUAUUCUGGAACUUCCCAGGUAUCUUUGGCAACCAGCAGCAGCACUACAUGGAGGUGAUCAAGAGGAUGCUGGUACAGUGUAUGCAGGACCAGGAGAACCCGCAGAUCCGUACCCUGGCUGCCCGUGCUGCAGCCUCCUUCGUCCUGUCCAACGAGGGCAACACCGCCCUGCUGAAGCACUUCUCUGACCUGCUGCCAGGCAUCCUGCAGGCGGUGAAUGAGUCGUGCUACCAGGGAGAUGACUCUGUGCUGAAGUCUCUGGUGGAGAUAGCUGACACGGCCCCCAAGUACCUGCGGCCCAACCUGGAGGCCACCCUACAGCUCAGCCUGAAGCUGUGUGCUGACACCAACCUGACCAACAUGCAGAGGCAGCUGGCCCUGGAGGUCAUCGUCACGCUGUCCGAGACCGCCGCCGCCAUGCUGAGGAAACACACCGCCAUCGUGGCAUCCAGCGUUCCCCAGAUGCUGGCUAUGAUGGUGGAUCUGGAGGAGGAUGAGGAGUGGUCUAUGGCUGACGAGCUGGAGGACGAUGACUUUGACAGCAAUGCAGUUGCAGGAGAGAGUGCUCUGGACAGAAUGGCCUGUGGGCUGGGAGGAAAGAUCGUGUUACCCAUGAUCAAGCAGCACAUCAUGACUAUGCUGCAGAACCCUGACUGGAAGUACCGCCACGCCGGCCUCAUGGCUCUGUCUGCCAUCGGGGAGGGCUGCCACCAGCAGAUGGAGGCCAUCCUCAACGAGAUCGUCAACGUGCUGCUGUUCUGUCAGGACCCUCACCCCAGAGUCCGCUAUGCUGCGUGUAACGCCAUCGGGCAGAUGGCCACCGAUUUCGCCCCCACCUUCCAAAAGAAAUUCCACGAUAAGGUGAUCUCUGCCCUACUGCAGACCAUGGAGGACCAGACCAACCCACGUGUCCAGGCCCACGCUGCCGGCCUCAUCAACUUCACUGAGGACUGCCCCAAGUCCCUCCUUAUCCCCUACCUGGACAGCCUGGUCCAGCACCUACAUGUCAUCAUGGUGGCCAAACUACAGGAGAGUCGUCUGUUGUUUUUCUGUCUUUGUCUGAUCCAAAAGGGCACCAAGCUGGUUCUAGAGCAGGUGGUGACGUCCAUAGCGUCUGUGGCGGACACGGCCGAGGAGAAGUUUGUUCCCUACUACGACCUGUUCAUGCCCUCCCUCAAACACAUCGUGGAGAACGCCGUGCAGAAGGAACUGAGGCUGCUCAGGGGGAAGACCAUCGAGUGUAUCAGCCUCAUCGGCCUGGCCGUCGGCAAGGACAAGUUCAUGCCUGAUGCGUCAGCUGUGAUGCAGCUGCUGCUGAAGACCCAGACAGACUUCAAUGACCUGGAGGAUGACGACCCACAGAUCUCCUACAUGAUCUCGGCAUGGGCUAGGAUGUGUAAGAUCCUGGGGAAGGAGUUCCAGCAGUACCUGCCUGUGGUCAUGGGGCCCCUCACGAAGACUGCCUCCAUCAAGCCAGAGGUGGCCCUCCUGGACACCCAGGACAUGGAGAACAUGUCAGAGGAUGACGGAUGGGAGUUUGUGAACCUGGGAGACCAGCAGAGCUUCGGCAUCAAGACAGCCGGUCUGGAAGAGAAGGCCACCGCCUGCCAGAUGCUGGUGUGCUAUGCCAAAGAGUUGAAGGAAGGGUUCGUGGAGUACACAGAACAGGUGGUCAAGCUGAUGGUUCCUCUGCUCAAGUUCUACUUCCAUGAUGGUGUGCGGGUGGCAGCAGCAGAGUCCAUGCCCCUGCUGUUGGAGUGUGCGCGGGUGCGAGGCCCAGACUACCUAACACAGAUGUGGCACUUCAUGUGCGACGCCCUCAUCAAGGCCAUUGGCACAGAGCCGGACUCGGACGUCCUAUCAGAAAUCAUGCAUUCGUUUGCCAAGUGCAUUGAGUUAAUGGGAGAGGGCUGCCUGAACAACGAGCACUUUGAAGAGCUGGGAGGGAUCCUGAAAGGGAAGCUUGAGGAACACUUUAAGAACCAGGAGCUGAGACAGGCCAAACGACAGGAUGAGGACUACGACGAGGGGAUGGAGGAAACUUUACAAGACGAGGAUGAAAACGAUGUGUACAUACUGACCAAAGUGUCAGAUAUUUUGCACUCUGUGUUCAGCAGUUACAAGGAACAAGUGCUGCCCUGGUUUGAGCAGCUUCUACAGCUCAUCGUACAGCUUGUGUGUCCUAGCAGGCCAUGGGCAGACAGGCAGUGGGGUCUGUGCAUCUUUGACGACGUGGUCGAGCACUGCAGCCCCUCUUCCUUUAAAUACGCAGACUACUUCCUGCGGCCCAUGGCCCAGUCCCUGUGUGACACCAGCCCUGAGGUGAGACAAGCUGCAGCCUACGGAGUGGGAGUCAUGGCUCAGUACGGAGGAGAGAACUACCGACCCUUCUGCACAGAGGCCCUGCCCCUACUGGUGGGAGUGAUCCAGUCUCCAGACUCCAAGGUCAAGGAGAAUGUCAACGCCACAGAGAACUGCAUCUCAGCCGUGGGCAAGGUCAUGAGGUUCAGGCCCGAGUGUGCCAACGUCAACGAGAUCCUUCCCCAUUGGCUCUCCUGGCUGCCACUCAACGAAGACAAGGAGGAAGCUGUGCACACCUUCGACUUCCUGUGUGACCUUAUUGAAAGCAACAAUCCUAUUGUCCUCGGACCAGACAAUGCAAAUCUUCCCAAGAUAUUCCAGAUCAUCGCUGAAGGGGUCACAAACGAGUCUGUUAAGAGUGAGGAUGCAUGCAGCAAGAGAUUGGCAAAUGUCAUCCGUCAAGUGCAGGGUUCUGGAGGACUGUGGACACAGUGUGUAGCGAUGCUGAAUGAGACGCAACAGAAGGCCAUCCAGGACCUCCUCAACACCGCUUGAGAAGCCUUAUCCCCUUAGUUUGUUGGAAAGCAACAAAAUCAUGUUUAAACAUCUAGCUCCUGGAUGUCCUCCUUUCUAGAUCACCACCUCCUUUUCCAGCUCUGAUCUGUAGCGUGUGUGUGGACUUCACUGCAGCCUCCUGCCCCCCUCCUCCCUAUCCCCUCAGUCAGUCUCCCCUGCACUCGACUAACUGUAGGGACCAGGUUGGUUUGUCUCUGAGCAACAGACUCCGCCCCCUCCAUAGGAUGACCCUUCACCUUUUUAAAUCAGUAAUGCGUCGAUGACGCCCCCCUGGAGCGGACUAUACCCUCUUCUUGAAUCCAGACGGUUGGAGCGUUGUUGGCCUCACCUGCGCAAAGGGAACACAAACACAAGUAUUAAUCCAGUUUCUUCUCCAUCCUGUUAAACUGUUCAGAAAUAUCUGGUUUUAUGAUGAAAUUCACUUAACCCUUUCCACGAUAAGUUUGACUGGUGUAGUUGUGCUCUGUGGAACCAUGUGAAAAUGUCAUGUUUACCCAGGUGUAAGAAACUCCUAGAAGUGUCAGACUUGGUAGGACCCAGCCGUUGUAUGAGGAGGAGUCUUGACUGGGGAAUAGAAGAGGUGGGAGUGUGUACAUGCCAUGGGGUGACCACUUCCUGCCUCUAGGAAUUCACGGUUAUGCUAUAUAUUAUUUCUUUUGUCUAGGCUUUUUUUGUUUCUUUCUGACGGCGUCCCACAGUGGCACCUGGAGGAAACGGCCUCUGUAUGCCAUCUGCUCACUGAUCUGAAUCUGUCUAUUCUCAGACUAACAGCAUGUGUGUCAGUGGCUAACUCACACUCUCCUUUAAAUAAAUUAUAGUGAGGCACUCAUUAUUGUCCGUCUGGGAGACUUAAAACAAAUGCCUAAAUGGGUUAUUUUCCUACUCUUGAAACCCUGUAUAGAGGUAGAAGGGUAGGUUUGUUUUUCAUGAAGGUUUACACCCCAUUGAAUAUGAAUGAGGAAAGUUGGUUUAGGAUUGUUAAUAGUGUCUUUGCCACGAUGUGCUGGGUUAUGGACAUGUAGAAGCAUGAUUAGAAUUUCUUAAGGUGUGCAACAAUCCUCAGCUAAGAUUUGGUUUAGAACCUUAACACCCCUGCAGGUAUUUGGUGGAUUCCAACAAUAAAAUUCACAUUGACAGAA